CAGCUGGUGUCGAUGACACAUUUUAAUUGCAAUAUUUUUGUUGUUUUUUUUGUAUACUUCUGACUUUCAAUUCCUUGUUCUAAUUUUGCACGCAGAUAUGUGCAUCGAACAAACGAAUUUCGGUGCAACUGAUUCCUCGUCAUGACAUAGUUUAUAAUACAGAGUGUCCGAAAAAAGUGAAAUAAUUUACCAAAUAAUGUCAGUUCGUGCAAUAAAAAAGAGAGAAAAUCAAACGCGCAGUCAGCUACAGAAGCAACAGACGCCCUCCUUCAAUCAGCAUCACAUAUCAAACAAUCAAACACAUCUCAAGAAAAGAUCUAAUUCGUAUCCAAGCCUAAGCGCGUCACAUCAGAACGUCGCCCUACACAUUUCCAAAUCCGAGUCGCAGCUGUCAACAUUGAAUGAAUUGCCAGCUAUCGAACAAACAUUUGCUAAUUCAAUUAACGCCAAAUCAGAAAUUUGCUUGAAAACACUGUCCAUUCAUCACACAAUGGCUGCAGAACGGUUACGUGAAUCCGAAAAUAUGCCGAAUUCGUCGCAACAAUCGAGACGUAUGUCGGAGCGGAGUAGCGCCUCACACUCACCAACAUCCGAAUCGCAAAAUCGUGGAUUCGCCGAUCCAAAUAACAUUCGAAUUCCGAUAAUUGGAUACGAAGUGAUGGAGGAACGGGCGAGAUUUACGGUGUACAAGCUACGCGUGGAAAAUCCAUUCAGAAACGACUGUUGGCUAGUACUGCGACGAUACACCGACUUUGUGCGAUUGAACAAUAAGCUGAAGUCAAUGAUACCCAGCUUAACAUUGACAUUGCCGCGGAAAAAGAUUUUCGGGGACAACUUUGGACCGGGAUUCCUAGACAAUCGUGCUCAGGGCCUGCAAUUGUUUGUCAAUUCGAUUAUGGGCAAUGAUCGUCUGAAGCAUUUACAGGUAGUCAAAGAUUUUUUCUGCCUGGACGAGCCACCAACUUAUUCGGAAAGCAUGGAAGAGUGUAGAGCGAUUUUUGAGGCGCAAGAGGAAACGAUUACACAUUUGAAAAUUCAGUUGAAUGGUAAGGAGCAGACAAUUGAAUCGUUAGAACAGAAAUUGAAAGCAGCUCUGCUGGAGAAGGACAUUAUGGAGAAGGCUAUGAGGAAUAGCUUGGAAAAUUGCUCAAAGUGCUCCAAAGACAUAAACAAUAUUUUGCAUGAGACACAUACCGACAGCAAUAGAAAGUCUGAUUUACCAAUAAACAACAACAAAACUUAAAAAAAA